GUCUUUGUGACGCGUACGCUUGAGUAAGGAAUAUAAAUAUUGACAAAACAUUGUAAGAGCAUUUAGAUUGGUAAUGUGAACGUCCGAAUUUCAGUGCAGGAUUUAAUGACCAGUCGGGAGUUUUAAGAUGCAUCGGGUUUUUGUAUAUGGGACAUUGAAAACAGAUCAGCCGAAUCAUCAUGUGAUCUCAAAGGGUAUCCAGGCAGGGGACUGCCAGUUUGACGGUUUGGGAGUGACUGAGGCAAAAUAUUCCCUUGUUAUAGCCUCCCAAUACAAUAUCCCAUUUUUGCUGGAUGCGCGUAAUGUGGUAAACUCUCAGAACGUUGAAGGCGAGGUAUAUUCUGUGAAUGAGAAAAUGCUGAGUCUUCUUGAUGGGUUUGAGAGGCAUCCUCAGUUCUACACCCGAUGUGAAGUCCCAAUUCUUAUAAAAGACAAAACGGAGAAGAUGUGGUGUUACUUAAUGCAAAAUUUCCGUGAACAUCUCCUUCAGUUACCAACCACCCCGAACUAUGAUUCCGCGCUUCAUGCUCCGUACCUGGGCGGCAAGGAACGGCCCGAUAGAGAGGAAGACAGACGUGCUUUCAUGUUAGAGAUCAAAGAAAAUAUAUGAUGUUGAUAUUAAUUUUACAACUACAAAUAUUUACAGAGUCAUAUGUUAAAUAAAUCUAAAAGAGC